UUUCCCGCGGUGCAUGCUGGGUAGUGUAGUUUAUCGCGCAGGCGUUCGGCGUGGCACCGGGCGGGGUCGUGCAUGUUCCUGGACUACAUUUCCCACAUGUGGCCGAUAUUAGAGCCGGGAGGGACUUUGGGAGGUGGUGUUUUUGACUGUGUGCUCUCCGAACAUGCUACCUAGCGAUUCAUGCUGGGAAAAAACAUCUUUGUCACUGUGAAAUAUACGUUUCUGCGACUUUAGGGGAUCGAUAAUCUGAACUUUGAGAGAUGUGGCUCUGCUGGUGUUAAAGUACUGAGUGUUAUUUUGGUCCUCACGUCUGAAUGUGUGGUGAAUAAGAAGCAUGCUAAACUAGCUGCAGCUAACUCACCUGGACCUAAAUAUAAUUUAUUUAAGUGGUACAAUGUUAACUGAAUUAUUGCAAGGCACCGAUGCUGGAGGAUUUCUUUUAAUACAAGAUUCUGCUUGUCUUUCUGGGCGACACCUCCUGAAGAGCUUCGUCAAUGCUGCGUUGAACAGGGAGGAAGCUGUCCAUGUCCUCGGCUUUGAGGUCAGUGAGGAAGAGCUGAAGGAUGGCUUGAAAGGAUCCCCCAUUCAGAGGCUACACUUUCACAAUGCUUAUACGGACCCACUUGGCUGGACUGAUAACCCAAUUUUCACAGUUCACCAGUUCUGUUUGGAGGAACUGACACAUCUGGUCAAGCAAACAUCACACCCCAAACCAGCUACGUUAGUGAUCGACUCCCUUUCGUGGAUCUUGAGACACCACAGUGCUCCUGCUGUCUGCAAGACUCUUCAACAACUUAGAAAAGGGGGAGCUGUGAGAGCUAUUAUCGCUCUGCUCCAUGCAGACAUGCAUCAGAGGGGUACUGUGGGAAGUGUAUGCCAAUUGGCAACUUCAGUCGUCACUGUAGCACCUGGGAUGAAGGGAGACGAAGCAGUGGCAAAGAUAACAAAGCGCUCAAAAUCGGGGAAAGUUAUGCAAGAUGAGGAGAUUUUCAGCAUCAAAGAGGAUCUUACAGUCGCAGUGCAGAGCAGGCCCAGCCAUCUUGGAGCCAAACAGACUGACCCCGAGGAACAGGAGACGGACCCAACAGCCAACUUGACCUUCAACCUUCGACUGUCUGAUACAGAGCGCGAGGCCAAGGAGAAACUUUCUCUUCCCUUUGUCUUCAGCAAAGAGAAGAAAACAGCUCUGCUCCAUUCAGGUCCAGGUUCAGGACGAAUUCUGUAUGAGCCUGAUGCCAAUGACGACUACGAUCAGGAGGACCCCGACGAUGAUCUCGAUGUGUAGGGCAACGAAGAGCCACGGUUCUCCCUGCCAUUCAAGACACUGAGUCGUUUUCAGUAGUGAAGAUACAAAGUUUUAUCACCGUCUCAUUUGAAGAUAUAAAAUAAUGAACAAUGUUUCUGUAAAACAAAAAUAAAAAUAACCUGUAUGUUUAUUAAAUUGAUGAUUCAGUUUUUUUUUUGUUUUUUUUAUUUAUUUAAUAAAAAUAUGCUUUUAUCUGA